AUGAAUCCUUUCAAAAUAUACGCUCGCUCUGUAAACCGGUUAUCUCCAAUAUCGCGUCAGUUUAUUCGUCAAAUGUCUUCUGGCAAAACUCAUAUUAGUAUUCCUUAUUAUACUCCCUUGGGUCCGUAUCAUACUCAUAAUGGUGGGCAAACCUACUUAAUUAAACUUUUAGAUAAUAUUGGACUUGAUAAGAUUGAAUCGAUUAAGUUUGAUGGCCCGGUUUAUUCUCUUUUCCCGGAUUCAGCGUUAAAGGAAACCAUUGAGCUCAUCCAUCGUCGUAAUAUUGAAGUUUCAACUGGGGGUUUACUUGAGCAACUUUGUGUCCUAGGUACUGGAAUUAAAGAUUCAUCCUUGUCAACUAAAAUUUAUUUGAAAAAAUGUAAAGAAGUUGGAUUUGAUUACUUGGAAAUUAAUAAUCUUUUUGAUAAUAUUAUCCUUGAACGCUCGUAUCUAAGUCGAAUCGUUAAUAACGCCAACUCGAUUGGAUUGAAGCUUAAAGCAAAGAUUUGUAUUUUCAAAGCAAAUAUGGGAAUUCCAGGAAUUCAAAUCUUUAAGACAGCUAAUAAAGUUGCUCGAUGUUUAAAUUAUUCUGACGAUGAGAGCUCCGACGAUUCUGAUUCUGACAACUACAAUGGCACCGUAGAUGACGUCAUGAAAAAGAUUCAUGAUCAAUACGACUUUCUUACAACUCUAAUUAAAGGUUCCAAUAUCUUAAUCGCAAGCGAUGGCAUUUUCCAAAACAUACCAUUGAUAGGACAUAAAAAAGAACAGUGGUUUGCUAAUAUUUUGGACAGGAUGACAUCCGAUCAGAAAUUUGAGAACGUAACAUACGAAGCUCCUAAUCCGGAAAUUUUUACUUUUCUGUUAGAUCGAUAUAGUUCUAAUAUCAACUUACUUGUUGAUUAUUCGCAUGCUUAUCAUGUGUCUCGUCUGAGGAAAGUUAUACCUUUAAGUUAUUUCAUUGGUAUGGCGGUGGCUUCAAUUUCGGCUCAAUCUUCCGCGGGAUUAGGAGCUGUUAUCAACGCUACUUUUGGUAGUAUCGUUGAAAUCAUCUUGUAUGCGAUUACUUUAGUUGAAGGUAAAGGUAAAGUGGCUGAAGGCAGUAUAAUUGGUAGUUUAAUGGCCGGUGUAUUAUUAAUGCCCGGCGUUAGUAUGAUUAGUAGUGGAUUUAAACGUAAAGAACAGAAGUUCAACGCAAAAUCUGCUGGAGUUACAUCUACUAUGCUUAUUAUGGCUAUUAUUGGCGCUCUCACUCCAACUUUAUUCUUUCAGACUUACGCUCCAUAUGAGAUGACUUGUGUUCCAUGUAAAGGAUAUACACAAUUAACGGAUGAAUGUCAACUUUGUACCCACGUUCAAGUCGAUCCAACUUCUACUUCAUUAUACAAAGAACGCGUAAAACCGCUAAUGUUGUUUUGUUCCGUUAUCCUAGUAUUAUCAUACGUUAUCGGAUUAUGGUUUACGUUGAGAACACACGCCGCACUAGUAUGGCAAACGGGACAUCAUGCUAAUACAUUUGUAGACAAUUCAAACUCGAGAUCAACUUCAAUUUAUAAGAAAAUAGUUCCAGAAUAUAUUCUUCAACAAUUAUUACCACAUCCAAACCCACACGAUACACCUUCACAACAUCUGCAUCCAUCAAAUUCACAUUCUAAUACAUUGCAUCCAUCAUCGCAUAAUGCAUCUACUACCUCAACUUUACCGCAAAGACCAAACUCGGUUCCUGGUCCAAGUUCACAUCCAAUUGUUCAAAAUAACAUACAUAAUUUAGAUCAUCUAGCGACGUUAACAUCACAAGGUCAUUUCAUCCCCUCUAAUGCUUCGUUAAUUAGAUUUGCUCAUGAACCCGAAGAAGAAGAAGAACCUAGUGGUCAUGAUUCUCCUAAUUGGAGUAAAGUCAAAAGUGGAAUAGUAUUGUUAUCUUGUACCGCAUUAUAUUCUCUUAUAGCAGAAAUCUUGGUGGGGAAUGUUGGAGUUGUAUUGAAUAAUUUUACCGUCACCGAAAAGUUUUUAGGCUUAACUUUAUUUGCUUUAGUACCUAAUGUAACUGAAUUCGUUAAUGCCAUGUCUUUUGCUUUGUAUGGCAAUAUUGCUUUAAGUAUGGAAAUUGGUUCUGCUUACGCUUUACAAGUCUGUCUGUUACAAAUUCCUGCCAUGGUUGCCUUUUCUGCUUGGUAUAAUUCUGAUAGAUCUGACGAAGAGGAUAUUUCAAAUAAGACUUUUACAUUAGUAUUUCCUCGAUGGGAUGUAUUCUCGGUGGUAUUUUCGGUAUUUUUGUUAACUUAUACUUAUAUUGAAGGGAAAUCUAAUUAUUUUAAAGGAUCAAUUUUGAUCCUUUCGUAUUCAGUUUUGAUGGCCGGUUUUUUUUAUGCUCCUGAUAAUGGUGAUAAGAAUUACUAA